AUGUUCUGUGUCUCUAUGCUUGUCCGCCGCACUGCUUUUCGUUUGAAAUUCCACGCAAAAUGUCAAUCGUCGCUUGGCUAUUUUCCAGGCACCAAACUUCCCUUUGUGCCUGAUGUAGUGUUCCGUGAUCCUAAAGAUGACGCCUUAAUUCCGUGCUUCCGCAUUCUGAACGAGAUUGGAGAAGUUGUGGAAGGCGCUAAGGACCCACAGCUUAGUCAGGACUUGUGCACCGAAGUGUACCGUCAAAUGCUUCGUCUAAAUACGAUGGACAAUAUAUUUUACGAUGCGCAACGUCAAGGACGCAUUUCAUUUUAUAUGACGUCGUAUGGUGAAGAAGCCAUAUCAUUUGGUAGUGCGUCAGCAUUACGUAUUUCAGAUAUGGUCUUCGCACAAUACCGUGAACCAGGUGUACUUAUGUGGCGUGGAUUUACGCUACAGAAUUUUGCAGACCAGUGCUUUGGCAAUAGAGACGGACAUGGCAAAGGUCGACAGAUGCCGGUGCAUUAUGGAUCCAAGACUUUAAAUUAUCAAACGAUUUCAUCUCCUUUAGCGACGCAACUUCCUCAGGCUGUUGGUGCUGCGUAUGCAUUCAAAAUAGCAAAAGAAGAACGUAUUGCCGUCUGUUAUUUUGGAGAAGGGGCAGCUAGUGAAGGAGAUUUUCAUGCAGCACUGAACAUUGCAGCCACAAAAGAUUGUCCAAUUCUGUUUUUUGUUCGUAACAAUGGUUUUGCUAUCAGUACGCCAACACGAGAACAAUAUCGUGGAGAUGGAAUUGCCUCUCGUGGAAGCGGAUAUGGAAUACCAAUCAUGCGCGUUGAUGGCAACGACUUUCUUGCAGUGCACGAGGUUACUCGUCAAGCUCGCGAAUUUAUUUUAAGAGAGAAUCGUCCGGUGCUUAUUGAAGCCAUGUCGUACCGCCAAGGACACCACUCGACCUCAGAUGACUCAACACAAUAUCGGGCGGUUGCGGAGAUUAAGCAAUGGAAAGAAACGAGUGAUCCGAUCGAACGCACAAAACGUUAUUUACUGCAACGAGGAUGGCUUACCGAGGAGCAAAAUCGUCAUCUGCAAGAUAAUGAGCGGACUAAUGUGCUUACAGCGCUGCAACAAGCUGAGACCAAAGAAUCACCAACUCUCGACACGAUGUUUGAAGAUGUGUAUGACGUCAAGUUGCCGCAUUUGCAAGAACAAGAACGCGAGAUGGUGGAGCAUGUGGCAAAGUAUCCUCAGUUUUACACCACCCAGCACUGA